AUGAACUGGCUUUCGAAACUCCUGGCCCUGGCGGCCACGAGUGCAGUGGGGACGAAUGCUUUCGAGUCCUCAAUCUUCACAUUCCAUGCGGACAGCCAGGCCUCCGCCGAUUCCACCGGAUCACAGACCGUCUCGGAAGAUGUUGCUCGACUUAUCCUAGAGCUCCGCAUGAGGUCGCCUUUACAUUCAAAGCUGGGAAGCAUGGAACCUGAUGUUGUGGACAAUCUUGAUCAGUAUGCGGACUCCCAGUACUCUCUUUUUGGAGGCUCGGAUGCCGGGGACAAGCUCGGCCGGAGCAUCAUCUUCCUAGAGGGACUUGAUGAGGAAGUUGUUUCAACUCUUCGCAAGAGUCAAGAUCAUAGCAUUUUUGUGCCCCAUGCUUCGUCAGCCCUGGUCAAUGAUGCCCUGGAGCCUCUUAUGAACAAGGCCAAUGGAAAGCAUUGCACAUAUAGCCAGCAAGACGGCGCAUCCCAGAACUCUCGGUCUAUUCAAGAGUGCCUCGCCUACAACCCCGUUCUCUCUCACGGCAGCGGCUUAUCUGAUCAUGACAUCCUCGGCCUGGUGGAUUCAAUGGAGACAUUCGUCAGCAAGAACACAAAAUUGACUAGUUCAAGACUGGUAUUCGAGACGAAAUCCGCCAAGACUGCCCAAAUCGCCAAGUCUCUCGAAGCUACCUUUGGCGACCUGGCCAAGACAGCCCAAUCAACCAACAUUGAAAUCACAAUCGUUGCUCUCCCAGCAAUCGACCACACCCAGGAAUCCGCGCCAGUCCAACGACGCUCCGUGGAGACUGUAUCUCAAAGGUCCUCGGCAUCAGCGAGCUUCGAGCACACAAACCUCGCACCAGUAUGCCACGCCUCGAACUCUUCAUGUGAAGACGCAACAAAUAACUGCUCCGGUCACGGAUCCUGCUUCUUGAAGUUCGGACCCGGUAACGAGGAUGCCAAGGGUAACUGCUACGCCUGCAAAUGCCGACAAACGACCGUUAAAGGCAGUGAUGGCUCUGUCAAGAAAAUCCAGUGGGGAGGUGUUGCCUGCCAGAAGGAGGAUAUCAGUUCUCCAUUCUUCCUUAUUGCCAGCGUUACCAUUUUGGUUAUUCUUCUCGCGGGCAGUGCUAUUGGAAUGCUUUUUAGCAUGGGCAAUGAGAGUCUUCCCAGUGUUAUUAGUGCUGGUGUGGGAACUUCAAAACAGCAGUCGUGA